AUGGUCGGUCCACCUAUCAGCAUCCGGAAUCACCUUUGUCACCAGCACGUCCCGCUGGUUUCACCCCAGGACGAGGACAUCGUCCAGCAGGGGCCACUGACGCGGCCGAGGAUGCAUCCUGGUGGCCUUCUCUCGCUCCGGCAGGCAGAAGAAUGUGUUCGCCAGGAUGAGAAGGUGCCCUUCGCAGGUGCGGAUAAGGAGCAGGCCGUUGUCGUUGGAGCCGCUGAGACCAUGUGGACCUAGCACUCCUCUCCGGGCUGCAUGCUCUGUGCCGGCGCGGCUCUCGCUGGGUGCGGCGAUGUCCGCUUAGUAGCGCGCCAGUUCUCGAGCCACUAUCGCCGUUCCCCGUUCAGGCGGGUUGAUCCUCGGCUUGUCUAAAAGGGAACGAAAAUUCCAGGCUGUCAGAGCGAGCGGACUCACCCUACCAGUCUGACGAGUGGGACAGCGGGAAGGAGGAUAAAGAGAAGAAGAAGAAGAAGAAGAAGGAGGAGGAGGAGGAGGAGGAGGAGGAGGGAGGAAGAGAUAGAGAGAGCGUUGUUGUUGGCAGAAUGGUGUUACCAAAAAAGACAAGGGAGACUGGAAUGGCCAUUUCUGGCUUAUUAACCGCCGUCAUCCAGUCAUACCUAACAACGAAGCGUGGGACACCCGAGGCUCAAACUCGCGACCUGCUAGUAAGAAGUCCAACCCCUCUAACCAGUGGGCCACGGCCCGAUGUCCUGUCGGUUGCGAUCAGGAAUAUACAAUGGUAGAGGGACGCUCACCGAUCGUUCUGACGAAACUCACUCGUUCCGCUGUGCCUUACGGGCUCUCUCUCUCUCGAGCCCAAUUAGCAGCCGCACAGCGGCACAUGAUAUAGGCAGAAUGGUGUUACCCUGGCCCAGUGCUUAGAUGUGUUGGACUUCUAACAGGUCCCGAGUUCGAGUCCCGAGUGUCCCACACUUCAGGGUUGUGUAUGAAUGACUGCCGAGGCUAAUAAACCAGAAGUGGCCAUUCCAGUCUCCCUCGUCUGUGUCGGUAACAACAUUCUGCCUAUAGCACGCGCCGCUUUGCGGAUGCUGGUUGGACUCGACAGAGAGCGCCUAAGGCACAAUGGAACGAGUGAGUUCCGUAAGAACGACCGAUGAGCGCCCCUCCACCAGUGCUGUUGUAGUUGUCUGUUCUUCGGUUGUUUCGACCGUAAGUUUAACGUCUGCGACCACGUAGGCCUGCAGUCGGCGUCGUUUCCCGGCAUUUGUUUAGGGCACCUUUUCUAGUCCCCUCCCCCUUGCGGUGGUGAGCAGUACCACCCUAAAUAGGGCUACUCAGUUGUGUCAGGCGCUGUCUAACUCCACUAUGGGCCACGGUUUUGGUGAAAUGGAAGAACGACCCGAGUUAGCCUGCUGUGCUUACGACAUCGUCGUAAGCUUGUGGCCUCUUGCGAUUGUCCAAAUGGAACAUCUUCUCCAAGAUGCCGAUGCGAGUUUCCAUCCGAUCAGCGGAGUUCACAGUACCGUGCGCGGAAAUGCACACACGGACACCCUCACCUGGUUUAGCCCGCAGGCGGAGGCGGUUAGCUGGGCGUGGCCGCUAGGCAGAGCCUUGCUUCGGGGAGCCACGGGUGAGUUGUGUGCAGUAAAUGGACUCUAGGCAUAGUCUUCACAUGCAAGCAAGUGAGCGACCUACUACGACUAUCACGUGAACCCACCGUUGGACAACCCUACGCCCCGGAUCCUCAGCCACUGUCAUGAGCGCACGUUGUGACGGUUUUAACCGCAUCGCCGAAGUUUCAAGAGAAGAGGGAAGGCCCGUGUUCUGCCUUGAAAUCACGUCAGAUACAUGGCCAAACUUCCAGCCCGAUAGAAAGGGGAACAGUGUCGCCACCUCUCAUACACCACAACUGCUGAAAAAUUCAAAGUUCGUUCACCUUCCCAACGCACACUGACGGAGACCUGACUGCGUCUUUUGAUGACUAGUAGUGAACGUGUGGUACUUAUAUGCAUUCCCAACACAACAGUCAUUACAUUGUAAACCAAACGUUUGCCCACUGACUACUGACCGUGAGUUUUGUCCAACAUACUGCGAGAGAAUUGGUUAUUCUGGUAUCUCUAUAAGUGCUUAUUUUAUGAAGUCGCGCACGAGUCACUAUCCACUGUUUGGGCGUUUGUUCAGUUAAACAUGAAUGUUAUAAAACAACAUGGCUGGCCGUUUGCUUUGAGUGUGAAUGAAUUGGACCAAAACGGUAGAAACUAAUUUUUCCGAAGCAUCAAUCUUCCUGCGUAGAUGGAAAUACUUUUCCAGACCUGCGACUUCUCCAGCGUUCGGUUUCGUUACUUUUCUAAGGUAAAAAGCAGGGAGUGUUUAGAAUACGCGAGCCAACAUCGAGCAAGUCAAUAUCAGGAUGAUUCCCCGUCCAAGAACAUUGCCCGGUAAGCGCUAAAUCGACUAGGCUCGGUAAGAAAGAAAACGCGAUCGCUGUAACAGAAACUCUAUUCGACUGACGUUUCGCAUUCUAGCUCUGACCCAUUGUCAGAGUCAGCAAUGGUUAAAAUUCAAGUUAAGAAGAUCGCGUUUUCUUCUCAGCUGCUUGCCGGCAUCCGCCUUUCCGGUCAUAUAUGUAUAGAAGGUAAAAUCGUUUGCAAUGUGAAGGAUGAAAAUGCAGAGGAAAAGUCAGCCAGGUUUCUGGAGAUCCUGCCAGAAAAUAUCAUAUGCGCUCAGGAAACUGUUCUACGUAACUCAACGUACAUAUAUCAGCAAGCACUGACAGAUUUCGUCACCUCCACCGUGCUGCGAUUAAAGUUUCAACAACCCAGAAUCGUUGUUUACCUGACCUUCCAUGUUAAAAUUCCCAAGAUUUCCGAUCCGAUUCCCGCCCAGUAUUCGAUCGUGUUGCAUAUGUGCAGUUGUUCAUUUUGUUUACUAUGGUGACGAUGCCCACUUAUGGGCCACGUAAUUUUGCUGGAUGACGCCUGCUGGAAUCAACGGAGUGGGCGACCCAAUAAUCGCAUAUCACCAGCAGGACGCAAGCCCGAUCGGCCGAACUUCAACAUUCGGAACGUGAAGCGAGUAUGAGGCACUGAAUUAACUGAGUACCCACCUAUAAAACGCUUCGACCUGCUGUAAGGCAGAAGCGCAAGUAGAAUAUAUCACACAUGGCAGGCGUAGUUAGUUAACGCUAUAUUUAAAUUCACAGUCGGAAAACGUGGUGAGGUUAUGUGCAUUUCUUAGGGGCAACAGAAAUAUCUGCGUACAGUUCGUAAGUAGCUUUUCGCUUCCUUUAUUUGCGGAACAUUCAGCAAGAUAAAGUAAACGCAGUAAACGGGCCAAUCUAACAUUCGAAGACAUUGGCUGUGGAAAUGAAGCGAAAAGAGCACUCCGAAACAAAGUGUCCAAGUACAUGAUUGCCUUCAUGCCGAUAGAACUAAUCGACCAAGAAAAGACUGCCAUUUCACAAGGAGGUUCCAAGUAUGGAACCGGGCAUUAUCGCGAAGUACCGUGUCGCAAACCAUAUCACAAUAGCCAGAGCGACCGUCCUACCCGACGGUCCACAGCAGGAUAGGAACAGGGAUGGUGACUUGCGCGUGAAUUCGUCUGUAUUGAUAGUAGACUUGCGCAGCAUCUACCACACACUCUCCUUCUUCCCCACCUGGGCUCGGUAUCGCGGCAGAGCUACAAAGACCGCAAACGGCUGGCAAGGCAAAAGCCGCACAAAGGCGUACCAAAACACCUCCUAGCCCAUAACCUACAGCCCCGCAUGCGUACUUCUAAUGCGCUACAAUGGUUCCAAAUAAUGGAAAUGGUCUUUAUAGUCACGUCAGCAGGACUGAUGCCUUCCUACCAACGGCACUUGUGUGCCCUUCGCUCAUUGAAGGAGCAAGACUAUAUUAUUCUAGUACUAUUUGACAGACUUGAUGCCAAGCCCGCUAAGGAGACCAGAGUAGUUCGCAUAAAUUCGAAUCUGAUGUUUCAGAUGCGCAAGAUAACUGCUUGAGGUUCUAUAGCCGAGAAGCGAAGAAAAGGGCCGGAGUGGCUCUGAGUAAGCUGUACUCAAUGUGAAGUAAUCCAGUGAACAACUCAGGGAAGAGGUCAUGCCAGGGUGGCACACACUCAAGCGAAUGGGUGACUGGAGAAACGUCUUCGUCCUUCUAGCGAAUGUAGCAACACAUGGAAUUUGUUCGCGUUGUCGGCAGUGUGGUUCCCUUCCACUCCUGACAUUUUUUGUCGGCAUUUGGCUUCAGUGACCGCAUCGUACGACCCUGUACUGGCCUAAACUCCGGAUCCCCGUCGGGCUGACAAGUUCACGGAUAUAUUUAAUACCGGAACGGCGGUGUUUUAUCCGUCAUCGGAGGACGAGUAAGGUAGCCAAGACAAUAGAACACGUGAAGAUGGUAAACUUCAUAAUGUUUUACAGUGUAGGUGGGUGUAUUCAUGGAAGUAAGGAAAAAAGUUAAAAAGCAAUUACAAAAAUGCUUGCGUAAAUACAUUGUAAACGCAAGUACUGCAAGUUAUACUAGGCUGCCGCUGAGGAGAUCUUUAGAUUCAGAGGCCUCUGCAUGAUUCUCGUUGGGGAAAAAGUCAUAAACUAUCAGCGGACCUUCGAUUAAGACUGCUUGCGUCGCCGCUUCCGCUGGCUUCCUUUGCCAACACCUGAAAAACACAAAUGUAGAACAGGAGUAGCAACAUACAUAAUUCCAUAUGCGAAACCAGCAGAAAGAGCUCAUAACUCAUCGUACAAGAUAAACCAACUAUUAUUGGAAGGAAAGAUCCAAGGGGAAAAAUACCGAGAGUCGAUUUGGGGAAAAUCGAUGAGACGGUUGGAUCGGCGCUAGCGACAAGUUCCCCUGCUGCCUCUAGGGGUUGGACAGAGUAAUGAUUUGCGCGGCAUUUACCUAAUCCUCUACUUCUAUGCCCAUCGCGCCCCGAUGGAUAGAUAAAGGCAGGACGAUCGGGGCUUGGUUUGUGUGCAAUGGUUGACAAAGCUGUCGCCCACGGACGUUUGCCACACAAGACUCAGUCCCUUACUCCGCAUGUGCCAGAGUCAUCUUGCGGGAAGCCUAGAUCUCGCACACCCGAGUCGCAUUAGAGCCAUCACAGCCUGGCCUUCAGUACUGAGUAGGGCAGUGUUAAACCAUCAGUAGGUAACCCCUCUCAAGUCAUGACUGCCAGCGCAUUGUGAUACGUUUACGGCGGUGGAUCCACUCCAUACCUUCUUCCAGACACCAGGGACUUAUCUGAGUGAAGGCGAAAUUUCGAGUUCCAGGUGUAUGCAUAUUUGAAGAAGAAGAGUCGAUCACCGGUACACUUAGUUUAUUAUCCUGAGCUUUCAGACUCGCACAGGAGUCCAUCGUCAGAGGUAGUGGCAGAAACAGGACAAGCGGCAGUUAUAAGUCACGUAGGCCCAAUCAUCGACCGACGUCGCACGACUUCAGGUGACUACGAAGGACUCUGUACGCCGGCGCCAGAUCGAUAAAUCGAUUGACCGAGUUCUCAUCCGAGGCCCAGGCUUCAAUCAAUUAUCGGCCUGUUUUGUUUCCGGCGUGGGCGACUAUUUUGGUGGCUGCGAAGUCAAACUCAUGACCCGGUUCGUAGGUGUGGGCGGCCACUUGUGAUAAUGCGUCGCCUCGCCGCACAGCCAGCUUAUGUUCGUGUAUGCGCGAUCCGGGCAUGGGUCCAGUCUGUCCUGUGUAGUUACAAAGACAAUUUUGACACGGAAUGCGAUACACUACUCCAGAUUGCUCUUCAGGUUUUAACCGGUCUUUGAUUUUCAUGACCCUGCUGCGCAUGGUGGCUUUGGGGCGGUGUGCAAUUGCAACACCUAGCUCCGCAGCAAUGCGCUCGGUCGCUUCUGAAACACCCUUGAUGUAUGCCAGAGAAUGCCAUAUCAUCGGUGGUGUUGAUGUUCGAGUUCUCUGGUGGCGACCGCGUAGGCAGCGACUUAUGAAUGCCCUCGGAUAGCCAUUUUGCACAAACUGGUCGCGGAGAUAACGGGCCUCACGUGCUCUGUCCUCCGGUUUGCUGCAAUGAGUUUGGAUCCGUUUGAAGAGCGUCUUCACACAGCUUCGUUUGUGAGCCACCGGAUGGUUGCUGUGAAAACUGAGAAGCUGUGUGGUGUUCGUUGCCUUCCUAUAAACCGUCGUUUCAAGUUCACCGUUAAGGUUUCGUCUGACGAGCACAUCCAGGAAGGGCAACUGCUGUUCCUGUUCUUCUUCCCUCGUGACUUUUAUAUCCGGGAAGACUGCGUUGAGCAGGCUGUGGAAAUGUUGCAGCAUGUCCUUCUUUACGAUGACGAACGUGUCGUCAACGUAACGUCGCCAAAACACGGUUCAUGUCGGAGGAAGGCAAUCUUUUCUAACUCCUCUAGGACCAGUUCUGCCACCAAACCGGAGACCGGUGAGCCCAUUGGGGUUCCCUUGAUUUGUUCAUAGGUCUCUCCCGCAAAAGUGAAGAACGUCUGUUGGCAGAAUUCAACCAGCCUCAUUAAGUGUUCAAUUUUGAGGGCAUUUUGAGUCUCAUCGUACGCCUCUUCAAGUCUCUUGCGCAAGACUUUGCGGGCCACGUUUGGUGGGAUGGAUGUGAAUAACGACGUCACAUCGAAGGAGACCAUGAUUUCGUCCGACUGAAUUCUCCGACCUCGGAGGUCUAUGAGGAAUUGAGAAGCUGAUCGAACUGAGGUAGUCGAAUUGCCUUGGAGGAACUUCAGUUUUGAGUACAUCCACUUUGCCAAAUUGUAGGUGGGGCUGCCUUUUAGGGCAACGGUUGGCCUGUGGUGACCAUUCUGUUAUAUUUGUACACAGCCUUAUUUUAGUUAUUUUAUUUGCUAUGCGUUUUCAAACUUUGUUGUUAUUCACUCGUAUUUAAGUCAAUGUUUACUAACCUUAAGGACAUUUUCCGUCUCGAUUGCGUUAAAAUCUCGUGUGACUUAUCCAUGGCGAGAUGGCACUCGCCCCUUGCCUUUUCUGUCUACGGGCGCUGUUUACACCGAUGGGGGCCUACUGACAUGACAGUCAGGCCUGGUCUAGUACGACGCCUACGUUAGCGUGGGAUCGUGUUAUCGAUCACCGCUACCGGCAAAAUGCUUACUGAGCAUGGCGUGACACAGAGACGCCGUCUAACGCGUCUAGAGGCUAUGGCGACCUCAAUGAAGGCUGUACGAGUCUGGCUAACUCGGUUGUCACCUGUGGCUAGAGUCUCGGCCUCGUUGAAUUUGAAUGUGUGGCCAGAUCUCAUCGAACGAGCCGCAACUUCAGAGGUGGCGUUAUUCAUUCGUGUUCGGCCAUUCACGUUCGGGGUAGUCUUCCGGUUUCUCCGACCUAGCUGUUUUCCCGCAACUGCACCAGACCCGAUAAACGACUACAGAUGUUUCCUGCCACGGCAGUGGAGCUUUCGGUUUCCUUAUUUGACGCCUGGUAUCAGAGGUCCACGCAUCGUUGAAUUCAGUUUGAAUUUGAACAACCGGGCCAUUAUAGUCAAAGUCCAGUUUUGCAGGGCACAUCACUAGUCGUAUGCAUGCCAGAGAAGUCCGGGUUGUGGUGACAUGGCAAAUGACUUAUGAUAAUUGGUCAUUGGACCUUAGCAGACCUUAAAACCUUUAUUUGUGCAUGUGUACGACCUGUUAGGCUCAUAAUUGAGGGAGGCAAUAGUGGACCCUAUGCGGUGGAGAACAUCGGGUCAUGUUCCUGCAUGUUAAAAGUACGCAUAAAUGUAGUAGAAUGCUUGCCGUUGUGUAAGAGGCAGACAAUUUCUCGAAGGAUCACCGGGAAAAGAGUCGACAGUUGCCUACUCAGUUAGGUGACUCACCAGCUGGAAAUUUUAGGCAAAACGUCUAGUCCCAGAAAGCGGGAUAUACUGUCUAAAAUGGAAUUUCAAGGAAGCAACCAUGGGAAGUCCUAGUGACUCAUUGUAAUUGUGUAAGGAAUGGUAAUCCCCUUACCUGCAUUGUGCAAUGAGAUGUUGGAGCAGGGAAAAGUUGAAAGGUAUUCCAGAACACGGGAAAAGUUACGGCAGAGGAGGCAUGCAGACGAAUCAGCGUGUGCUGGAAGGCACGUUCCCGCCCAGGCGCAAACGACAACGGGUCAAUAAACCACCGCCAUGGCGGCAAAGGGCGCGUACGGAGAGCCGGAGGCAAUUUAUUUUGGCAACCGAGGCAGCAGGCGGGGGGCAUUCUGUGCCCAGCGCGCGAGGCACGUGUGGUGCUAAGCACGCGAAUGCACACUAGAGUGUAUGCACUCCUAGAUUCAAUCUAGACUAACAAUCCUCAUCAGAAUCAGUGCUGCAGCGUUUAACUCUGUUAGAAGUGAUUCCCUCUAGAGAAAAAUGCAGCUAGAGGGAGGUGUCGGAAAUAAUAUUUAUUAUGAUCAAAGCCCACUAUCAAGCUACCGCGCUUACUGGGUGUGUUAGCAUGAAGAAAUCGACAAUACCACUGACAGAAACAGAGCUAGAACGAUAUCCUCACCAGGUCGGGAACGGGAAUAUGAACUCCAUCAAAAAAUUCCACUUGUGUAACCCUAACCUAUCUAGCCCCAACACUAACCCUUAUAAACUUAAUCCCCUUGGAAUUUGGGACAUGGCCACUUGUAAUGCGGUGCCUAACGUCUCAUCGUAGUCCAUGCCUCUUGCUCACCUAUUGAACGCCUUAGAAGGUGCUUAUGGACCACGUGCGAGACCCCAUUAAUCAUCGAAAUCCGAGUGUAAAGGGCACCGGUCCUGUCAGUCUGUCUCCAGGGUUGUUAAUGUUGGAUUAUGUGCAUAGAAAACAAGAGGAAGGUCUUCGACCAUCGGCUUAAAAUGAUGCCUCAAGCGAAUUACACUGACACACAGCGGUCGGAUAUUCUUAAUAUCAUUUGCAACGAUCGCUGAUAAAUUAAGAAAUCGUGUAUUUUCAUACGUAUUAGUUAACUUGGUGACAGCAUACUCUCGUACAUGAACUACCAGGAUAUGCUCUUUUCUCUGAGGUGUUUGAUCAGGAAUGUGAAAUGUCAGGCUUAUACAUCUAUUGUUCCAACGAUCGUGUCUUCUUUUUCUCGCCUGCUUCCUGGGCCUCGUCUUUUGCUAUUUGACAUAUCUCUGCAAUGAAUGAUCUUCCGACCCUACUGUCAUCAGUGAUACUGUGAAGAAGGCUAUGGGAUAACGGGAACAAUAUUCGUCUGACCUUCUGGAUUCAUUUUCGGUCUGAGCUGAGAAAGUUGCCGAUAAAUUCGUCAUCAUUUAAGAUCAGGGGGUUUAAAGAGAGGGUCUAAACGUCAUGGACACACAACUUACGAUGGUCGGCUGACUUUCCUUAAUGUCUUGGUUUGCUGCUGAUUUAUGGUAGCCCGAAGGCCAAAGUAUUAAGUAGAGCGACAAAUACGACGCAAGUACUUGGCUUGAAAGCAACUGAUAAUUCGACCGUCGUUGCCGACAAUGUUUACUGUGUGCUCCACAGCGGGGUGAGAGCAGGGACGUUGACCGGCAUGUGGGUUGGUCUUAGGUGACGGUAGACUUGCGAUGAAUUAACCACGUUCUCUCCUUCUCCCUCACCUAGACCCGGUGUCAUGAACAAGUCAGGAUCGGAGAUGGGAGAUGCCCCAGGUGGCUGGCAUGGCGAUAUUCCGCUUCUAUGCAUAUCUCCACACCGCCUUGGUCCAGAACAAACACCUGACUAGGAUUCUGAACAGCAAAAAUGGGAGCGGCAGGGACUCCAAUUGGCGCGACGUCAGCUGGCAACUAAGCGCGUUGCCACAUCUGGAUUUUGGCGUUUGUUCAGGGCACGCAUUGCCGAUAACGCCUGCCGGACUCUCGUCUAGCCCCGGUGUUGGCUCAGCUCAUCUACCAUGUGGUCCAUUUCGAGGAUCACAGGAUGGGUAUGAACGCUCGGAUGCGUGAGAGAGCUCCAGUAAGGAGGUGCCACCGUAGUUUGACUCUCAGUCCACCAGUAAGCAACUCAUCUCACGAACACACAACUGGGUUGACUGCGUGGUUUUAGUUGGCAAUUUUUACGCCACGGCUUUUGGCGCAUCGUGUUAGUCUCCAGCGCGUCAGAUGGUUUAUAUUGAGAAAUUGUGUCCCGAGUGUUGAAAUUAUUCGCUCUAUCCUAUCACAUACCCAGUCGACUGUCCUAGUCGAUCAAUGAACUGAUGAUAGGAUUGGGAGGGAUGGCUGACAGAGCCAAGAACAGCUCGUAUAUGCGUGCCAUAAACACGACCUAGCCCUCCAUACGUAAACAACAUGAUACCACAUACAAGGGGGGGAAUUGACUGCUCGUAUCUCAUAUGCAACAGAUGAGCUAUAAGGAAUAAGACGCCAAAGAGCACACUUCUCACUCACGUGAUAGGUGUCGGUGGUCUGGUGUAUGUGCGGUGCAUGUACUGAUGGAGGAGUGUUUGGUGCUUUGCUCAUGACCACGGUGAUUUAUUGCAGGUCUGCGUGCGUGCAUGUAACCGAAUAAUCCCAUGCCAUGGCUGGAUGUGGGAAAGUACUGCAAUCAAUUCAGGCAAUGGCGUCUUGUGUAUGUCAGUGCUCCAGACACUGGUUCGCCAGUCCUUGUGCAAUGUAUUUGCAAGCGACCGGCCAGGCCGAUGCGUGAGGUGAAUGUGCGGUGACAAUGGAGGCAGGAUAGGUGGGGGGGGGGUAGGUUGGGUAGGUUGUAGUUUUGAGGCUGUUGGUGGUGUGCGCGCUGGUCGAUGGGAGGUUGAUUGGGAUAGAGAUGGACAGUUGAUGUGCAAGGUGUCUUAAGUGUGCCGGUGCUGCGGCGGAUUUUCCUGCGGUGGAUAAGCAUGCGACUGAAUAGGCCUAUGUGGUGUAUGAACGUCCGUGGACAGUGAAGGCGAAUGCGGCGAGUUUAUAUGAGGGCUCCUGGCACUGCUCCGCAGGUCGCAGUGCAAUGAAUUCGCAAAUGACCGACCAGGCCGAUGCGUGAGGUAAAUGUGCGAUCCCAAUUGGGACAGGUUUGGACCGAGUCCCUGUCGCUGAAGAUGGGGAUGUUAAAGAUGUAGUGAUGAUUAGCGGCCGUCCGGAGGAUUUUGUUCAAUGGUGGGAUUGGGAGCUGUGGUGGUCACCGUCGUUGUCGCGGAGGUUGUGUCAGGGAUGAUGGAGAUGGGGCUGAUCGACGGUAGCGGGACAUGGGGGUGUUAGGCAUCGGUGCUGAGGGUGGUCGUCGUAAUGGACGCCGUGGGGGCUGAAGCAGGGGGAUAGCAUUUGGGAUUGUCGGGUUAGUGCAUUGAGACCGGAAAUGACUGACGAGGCUGAUUCGCGCGCGGAAUGUUUGUUGACAGCGCGGGCAUGUUGGGAAGGGCUGGGGUUGGCGUAGCGGGUCAGGGGUGCCUGAGACUUGCGAGCUUCCUUUUUGGAUUUGGUAACGGCAACUUGGUUGGCUUCAUUGAUAGCUGCACUAGUCUUCACUACUCAUAUCCAGGCCGGCCGGUCCUGUGCGAGGUCCUCCCGAAUCUUCAAGGUGUCCUUGUAGCGACGUGAUUUACUUCCUUCUCGGCGAGCACCCGUAGCAACAUCGCCAUAGAAGAGUUGUUUUGAUAGGCGCUCGUCAUCGAUCCUUACAAGGUGGUCACUCCAACGCAGUUGCAAUUGCCUCAGCAGGGCAUUGGUGUUAAUGAUUCCGGUCCGUUCCGGAGUUUUGUUUAUCUACAGUUUGCUGUUGUGGUGAAGACCGUGUCGAUUCAACACGGAGUUCUGCAGCCGGCUAAAGUAGUGUCUGGCUUUCGAGAUUUAAUGAGGGACUUCGUCGUAGAUUUUGAUGCAGCGUGAGUGUGCUGCCUAAGUAGGCGAAGCUGUCCGUGGUCGUCACUGGGGUGUCGAUGACGUGGAUGGGAGGAGCAGUGUAUGCGGCGUUGGAUGGUGAUUUAUGCAUGACCACCGUUUUGUCUGCGUUGACGGUCAGGUCGGAAUCGGUGCAGCCGGAGGUGAGGAGUUCCAUGCUCCAUCGCAUAUCAGCCUCUGACAGCGUUCAGUGCGCAAUCGCCAACGAAGAGCAGGAUCGUAGUCUUAGAAAAACGCAUUGAGUCCUGCAUGCGCCGGCUUUUGAGAAGAUGAUCGUUGGAGCUGUAAGCGAUGCGGAUACCGGAGCGCUCAUCACGAUAGACGUCCAUCGGCAUGACAGAAAACAUGGGGCUGAAAAGAUUUGGGGCGAGUACGAAGUCCUGCCUCACUUCUUUUGAUUAUACCAAAUCCUCCUGAGACGGUCUCAUUGUCCGUGAUGCGUACUACCACUCCCUCGUGGAGCUGACGCGUCAUGUGCGUUAAGCACUCCGGACAGCCGAAUUUCUGCAUGAUGUUCCACAUUCCAUCGCACUCAACGUCUUGAUGGCUUCGUCGAGUCCACGAAGGUAGCGUAGGGAUGGGUCCGCAUUUCUUGGCGUUUCUCUUGCAGUUGGCGGGCGGCGAAGAUCAUAGCGGCGGUUCCCCGAUGACGUCGGAAUCCACACAGACUUUUCGGCAACCUCUGUUCGGGAUGUCCAUUCAGACGCUUGAGGAGGAUACGAGCAAAGAUCUCCCCCCAGUCGCUGUUACAUGAGGCGGCGAUAGCGGAAGAAGGCCGCUUUCUUGGCGUUCGUCCGAUGGUUCAUGUAGGCCCCGUGCAGCCUGUGCUUUUCGGCGAACAGUUGGCUGAUGCCUGCGCCCUUGCCGUCGAGCAAGUCCUGGUGCUGAUGACCUGCGCACCCGAGAACACCCAAGGCAGUCAGUCGAGUGAAUGGCGUUCCGCAGUUGACGCCACCGAGUUCCCACGGCGACGUUGUCGUCUGAGGCCUGCAGUUCUUUCGGCCGCCGGGCUAACUGGUUGCUGAAACGCCAGCGGUGAGCAGGCAAAUCCGAAAAAAACAGUGUUUAAGAUACCUGGUGGUCGUUUCCCUUGUGAUAUCCUGCAGCGCUGCCGAUGGAGCUUCAUCUUGAAGAUGACGAGGCGGUGAUACGUCCAGCCAUUAGCGUCACCGAUUGUCUUGUUCACCAACACGUCCUGUCUAUCUCGCCUGCGAACGAGGAAAUAAUACAGCAACUUUGUUCCUCAAAGUCCCUUUCCAUGGGGACGCGACGAGUGAACUCCUAA